UGGAAUAUACUGAGAUGAGAAGAGGAGGGCAGACUGAGGUAGACUCAUGGAGAUCUAUGUCAUAGCAUCAACUUUAAGAUUCUGCUGAUUACUUCUAAAACACUGCAUGGCCUGACAAUAAUAUAUUUCAGAGCUUCUCUACCCUUAUAUUACCUUUAGACUUCUCCGACCUCUCAGAACAGUCUUCCCCUCAAUAUCUGAUGUGCAUCCUCUCUGGGUUCUUUCAAAAAAACACAUUUUUAUAAACUGGCCUUUCCUUUGUUAAUUAAUUAACCCUCGUCUGUAGCCUAUUUAGUUAAUUUUACUUCAUAUGUCCUUUUGUUCCAACAUAGUGUUUUAUAUCAUACUGUAUUCAUUGUAGUUAUAUAGUAUAUUCAGUAUUCUGUAAUUUUAUUUGAUUUCAUCAUUAUUUUUACCCCUUUCUGACUUGUUGUGUAUUCUCUAUGCAUUCUGAAAAACACUUUUGCCACCUGCCAGAGGGGUGCUAUAGAAAAACAAAAGUAUUAUUAAUUUGUACUUGAAGUAUAGUAAAUAAAUUAAGUCAUUAUUAUUGUUAUUGUCACCUCCAUCUCCUCCGAAUGUAGAAUACAUGUUAGUGAGACUAGCAAGCAUACGUCACGUGUCGUAACCCUUAGCAACGCUGACAUGUGUACAUCUGAUAGUUUCGGUCAGUGCAAGAAAAGUAAGGGUCUUUGGGUUACCCUUAAAUUGCUAUAGAUUACUACUAUGGCCCCAAACAAGAAGAACGGCAAGAAGAGCGGAGAUAAACCAACUAAGAACGAAGCCAUGGUAUUUUUGGACAAGUCUAACUUGGACGAAACUUCAACGGAAGGCAAAGAGUUCUAUCGCGCUCAAAUAAGAGACUUAGAGGAACGACUUGAGAAGUACCAGCAUAAAUGUGAUGAGUUGGAGGUUCGAGAGAAAGAUUUCUCCUCCAAAUUUAGUCACGCAGAGAAAGAAAAGAGAGACAUUGUCCAUUACUUGAAACGAGCUGUUGCCCAGAAAGAGGAUGAACUGUCAGAGCUCUCGGAACGAAUGAUUGGCCUCAACCAAGCCAAAGAAGCAGAGAAGGAGACCUUUGAGCUGCAAUUAAGUCAACUCCGUCAAGACUUCCAGGAGGUCAAAGAUAAACUUACUUCAGAGAAUAUGGCCCUUGCUGGAAAGCUGGCCGCAUUGGAGGAGUUUCGGGUUCAAAAAGAGAAGCUGAUGGCACAUGUCGGCUCCCUUGAGGAGCAGCUAGAAAGACAAAAACAGGAGCACCUGACAAUCAUCUACAAUUUGGAAAGAAAGGCUGUGCUGGACAAUGACAGGCUCAAGAAGGAGAUGCAGAAGCACGUGGCGGCGGUGGCGGCGGAGUUCAGACGCGUCUCGGACAGGAAGAUGCCAGAGACGACGAUGAGGGCCAUCCAUGAGAAUGUGUCCGUGACGGCCCAGCUCAAGCAGCUCUCAGACAAGAGUAAGGAGCUGCUGGCCGAGAACGAGGCGUUGAGGCAAACCGAGAAGGCACUCAAACAGGAGGUGAAGGUGCUGGAGCCACUUCUUGAGGAGAUGACGAGAAAGAGCCUGGCCAAUGAAAAGGUGGUGCAUCAGCUCACAGAGAAGUGCAAACAGAUGAAUGCUGAAGUGAUGGCAGCUGACCGACACUGUCAGGAGUAUCGGCAACUGGAGAUGGAUCAUUCUGUCUUACAAACAGAGACGGAGGUCUUAAGGCAGAGCUUCCUCACGGGUAAGCAGGAGUGUGUGAAACACCAAGCGGAGGCCGGCCGCCUGGCCGAGGAGCUGACACGGGAGAUGACACUCAGGGCACACCUGGAGACUAUCUUACAGGACGCUGCUACAGCUCUUAAAGACAUCCUAAAGGAGGUGCCGCGCGAGCAGGACUCGGAGGUGAAGGCUCUGGCUCGCCGCGGUCAGAUGCUGCAGAAACUCUUGGCUGUGCUGGACAGUGCUGCAGCGCUUGGGAAAGGCCCUGCUUUGUCAGAGUUUCUCAAAGACACAAAGGAUGUCCAUCAGCUUGAGCCAGGCAUGGCAAGGCUGGCCUUACUCUCUACUCAGUUCAAGGCUGCUCCUCAAUUCUCUCACUUCAAGACUGGUGACCUUGGUAUUGUCCCAGCACCCAAAUGCUUCUCCAAGAUGGAUUCUGUCUCCAAGACCAUGCCCUUAAAUCUACCCAAGAAAGACCAGGCGUGUGAUAACACAGACAGGAACAGCGGUGCAAAGGCCUCUCCCAAGCCCAACUCCAGCAGAGGCCUUCCCAGGCACCACAAAGCACUCCUGGAAACAAGAUCUUCAUCAGGACCAGCGAAAUGAUGCCUUUCAACAGAGGACCUCCAGCUUUCUCUCUUCUGCAUGGAUCCAUACAGUAUCUACAGACACAUGAAAUCAAGAGACUGAAAUACAAUAUUUUAACAGUACUUUCAUUUGUUUAUUGUCUUGCUUAGCACUUACCAGGAACACUUACUUGUGAACAGUCUAUAUUUGCUGGACGUUUAUGACUUAAUUAUACUUACCUUGACUACAAAAAGGGUUCAUAUAGAUUGUCUUUUCUCAAACAAUUAGUAUGUUGACAAAGGAAAAUAAACAAAUAUAUAUAUAAACAAAUAUCUAAAGGAAACACUACACUGUUGAACUGAAACAGGGUCCCACACGGGUCUAUUCAGAAAAUAACUGGAGCAAGCACAAUGACGAAAGGGGCAACGAGAAACCUUGAGAGGAACCUCGGCUCAUAAGGGGGUCCUUGAGAGGAACCUCGGCUCAUAAACCUUGAGAGGAACCUCGGCUCAUAAGGCGAGAAACCUUGAGAAGAACCUCGGC